AAUAGAGAAAUUCCUCGAAAAAAAAUGACUAAAAUUUAAAAAAUUAUUUAUUCAAAAAAUUUCUUAGUUCACGUGCCGCCAUCUAACAAUGAAAAUUGUUAGCCAAACAGCAGCUGAUUUAUUAUAUUCGUAAAUUUUUUUACAAUAAUAAUCACACAUAACAAUCUCUUUUUAAUAAUUGAUAAUGAUAAUGAUGAUCAUCAUGGAUAGAAAAGAUUAAAUUUAUUCAACCGAAUAAAAUGUAUUUAAUUUUCUGCACAUAUUCGAUCAAUGUGAAUGAAUGAAGUUGAAUCUAAAUGACUAGAAAACCUAGAAUCGCAAUAAUUGGAGCUGGAAUUGCCGGAAUCUAUGCCGCUCGUACACUUCAUCAUAAUGGUUUUGAUGAUAUUAUCAUUUUUGAAGCUUCCAAUCGAAUCGGAGGAAGAAUAUGGUCCAUGAAGCAUGGCGAUGAUUAUGUUGAACUGGGAGCACAAUGGAUUCAUGGUCAAGAUGAUAAUAUUUUAUACGAAUAUGCUUCAUCACGUGAUUUAAUCUCUGAUCCAGAACAUGAUUAUGGUAUUGAAGGCAAUGGCUAUUAUUGUAAUGAAAAUGGUGAAACAAUCGAAUGUCCAUUGGCAAAAAAAUUGAUAAACUAUCUUGAUGAAACGAAAAAUCGAAUGAAUAAUGAUGCCAUUGAAAAUGAUCGAAAUGUUUUCGAUUAUUUUGUUCAUCAAUUCAAUCAAUUCGUUCGAUCAUCAUUAAACGGCGAUCAUGACGUUAUAUUAGAUGAAAGAACAAUUGAAAUUUUAAAGCAAACAUUUCGUUGGUUUAUCAUUUAUGAGGUAAUCGAUAAUUCAUGUGAAAAUCUUCAAACAUUAUCCACCCUAUCCUAUACUGAAUGGGAAGAUUGUAAAGGUGUGGCCGAUUUGAUCCAUUUUCAACGGAAUUAUAGUUCCAUUUUCGAGGAAUUGGAAAAAGAUUUUCCCAUUGAAAAAUAUUUAUGGCUUCAAACUCAAGUGAAAAAAAUUGAAUUGAUCAAUAAUGAUUCCGGUACACAACAAGUAAAAUUCAUUAUGUUUUGUGAUGAAAACAAAGAAAUGUUGUUCGAUCACAUCAUAAUAACAUCGUCGAUUGGAUUUUUAAAAGAAAAUUUGAAAACAGAUUUUUUUAGUUUUCAUUUUCCCGAAGAAAAACGUCAAAUAAUCCAAGCAAUUGGAUUCGGUACAAUCAACAAAGUAUUCCUAGAAUUCGACAUACCUUUCUGGAAUGAUCAGGUCAAGGGUUUUCAAAUUGUUUGGACAAAUGUUCAUGAUGAUCAUUCUUUUCCUGAUAUACGAAAUAAUAAUCAUGUCAAUUUUUGUGAAAUGGAAAAAAAUUUUCCCGAAUGGGUAUAUUGUAUUCAAGGUUUUGAUUUGGUACGUAAUCAGCCAAAAAUGUUGAUGGCUUGGAUUGGUUCUUAUGGUGCAAAACAAAUGGAACAAUAUUCCAAUGAAGAAAUUGGCAAAAUUUUGACUAAAGUUUUACAACAAAUAGUACCAAAACAAUGUCGAACAAUAUCAAUCGAUUAUCCAACAAACAUCUUUUGUAGCCGCUGGUAUAGUGAUCCAUUUAUACGUGGUUCAUAUAGUAAUCGUACGAUAAUGUAUGAAAAGAUCAAUAAUAAUGAUGAUGGAUACAAUAUUGAUAUACUUGUCAAACCGAUAUAUGACGAGAACGGUAACAAAAAACCAUUGAUUCUUUUUGCUGGUGAAGCAACUGACCGUAAACAUUAUUCUACAACACAUGGUGCUAUGAGAUCAGGUGAACGUGAAGCAUUUCGAUUAAUUUCUUUUUUUUUAUAAUCAUCAUCAUCAUCAUGAUGAA